CUAUUUUCUCUGGAACACAGCUAACUACUACUACAAGGGUUAAAGCUUCAAUCUUUCCCACUGACAUCUCUGGUCUCCGAACUUCUUUUCUUGUUUCUUCUUUUUAUUGCUUGGGUCUUCUUGUCUGUAAGGUUAGGGAUCUCUCCUUACAAAAGAUCCAAAGCAGGGGAUCUUUCUAGAUAAUGCUGCUUGAGAUCUGACCUUUUUCCUUCAAUGACGCUCUGAAUCAGGUGAAUAGAGAAGAUGGGAUCUGGUUUAAACGAUGCAUUAUCUAGGAAGUACAGCGGUUUGGAGCUCUGGGAGAUCAUAGUGAUUGUUCUCUCUGCAAUAUUCGUUUUAGUGUUAGCUAUAUCGUUAUGGCUUACUUUCAGAAGAAGAAACUCUAGAUCUUCUUCUUCUAAUCAGAUCCCUGUUAGCCACCAGCUUCCUCCUACUGUCUCCGAAGAGAUUAAAGAGAUUAGAGUCGACGAGGUUUCCUCAAGCAACGGUGGUGGUGGCAAUGGAUAUCCUUCCAUUAGCGAGAAAUUUGGGCACAAAGAGCCUGAAAAAGGGAUAGUAGUAGCAGAUUCAGAGAAUGGUGGAGAUAGUAGCAGGUCAGGAUCGUUUAAUCACUUGGAGAAGAAAGAUGGUUCGAGCGUAUCUUCUGCUAAUCCUAUGACGGCUCCGUCUCCUUUAUCUGGCCUUCCUGAGUUUUCUCACCUCGGAUGGGGGCAUUGGUUUACUCUCAGAGAUCUUCAGAUGGCUACGAACCAGUUCUCGAGGGAUAAUAUAAUUGGUGAUGGUGGGUAUGGAGUUGUGUACCGUGGUAACCUUGUUAAUGGUUCUCCUGUUGCCGUCAAAAAGUUGCUCAACAAUCUAGGACAAGCUGACAAAGACUUCAGAGUAGAGGUUGAAGCUAUAGGUCAUGUUCGCCACAAAAACUUGGUCCGUCUUCUUGGAUAUUGCAUGGAAGGAACGCAGAGGAUGCUGGUGUAUGAGUAUGUUAACAACGGAAACUUGGAGCAAUGGCUACGUGGAGACAAUCAAAACCACGAGUAUCUAACAUGGGAGGCACGGCUAAAGAUUCUUAUUGGAACAGCCAAAGCGCUUGCGUACCUUCACGAGGCGAUUGAGCCAAAAGUGGUGCACAGAGACAUAAAGUCGAGCAACAUUCUGAUUGAUGACAAAUUCAAUUCUAAAAUUUCUGACUUUGGACUUGCCAAGCUGCUUGGUGCUGAUAAAAGUUUUAUAACUACUAGAGUUAUGGGUACCUUUGGUUAUGUAGCUCCAGAGUAUGCGAACUCUGGUCUUCUGAAUGAGAAAAGUGAUGUCUAUAGCUUUGGUGUUGUACUAUUGGAAGCUAUAACUGGUAGAUAUCCUGUAGACUAUGCUCGCCCACCACCUGAGGUGCAUUUGGUGGAAUGGCUAAAGAUGAUGGUCCAACAGAGACGAUCAGAAGAAGUGAUUGACCCAAACCUCAAUACGAAACCAUCUACCAGUGCCUUAAAAAGAACACUCUUGACUGCUUUGAGAUGUGUUGAUCCCAUGUCUGAGAAACGACCAAGGAUGAGCCAAGUUGCACGUAUGCUUGAAUCAGAGGAGUACCCAAUUCCUAGAGAGGAUAGAAGAAGACGAAAGAGUGAGAAUGGACCAACAAGAGAGUCAGAUCCUCCUAGGAACAGCACAGACACUGACAAGAGCGAGUUCCAAGACCAAAAGCCUGAAGCUGGAUAAGGCAUUGGAAAUAACCUGAGGUGUAAAUGUUUUCCGAGCUUCUUCAUGUGAAGCAAGUCCUUGUUCGUCUCCAAAAUCCUGUGUGUUAUGUGAUGUUUCUUCAUUUUGUCUUUGGUAAUAAAGAGAAAGAGGAGGAGAGGGGAGAGUAUGUUUGUUCAUCAUUUGGUUUUGAGAAUGGUUUAGAUCACAUCAUUUGUUUGUAUAGUGUUUGUUGUAUUGUUUGCUCCUCUACGUUUCGCAAUGUAGGUUGUUUUCGGACCAAGAAAAUGCUAGGCUAUGUCAAGUUCUUCGUAGAA